AUUCGUGAAAAGAUAUAAUUUACGCGAGAGAUAUAUGAAUGAAUUCUUUCGAUUUUCAACGUCGAAUUUCACUCUGACCUCAUUACUAUCACAUAUUUAUCCCAUCACUAUCUAAAAAAUAUUAUUCCAUCAAAAAUCAUUUUUCUUUUAAAAAAUUCAACGUAAUCGAAUUCUCUUAAGAUUAUUCUCGCUUCUAUCAUCGGUUAGAUUAAUCGAAUGACUUUGAGAAGAACGUCACAAAGAUGUAAAUCGUCAGACGUAAUCGUCUUUAUGAAUUAAUGUUCACGGAUGUACAUGGACCUUUUCCUCGUAAAAGAUGGCAGCUUCGGCGUGACGAGCAUCAUUCUAGAAAUCAAUAUAGAAGAACAGAGAGAAAAAGAGAGAGGGAGGGAGAGAGAGAGAGAGAGAGAGAGAGAGAGAGAGAGACAGAGAGAGAUCGCGAUAGAGGGCGGCUUCGUUGUUAUUAGUAGCGACGGCAGCGGUGGUGGUGCUGGUGUUACUGUUGUAAAAGCAUCCCCCAUGUAUGUCGUCGAGCAACCGUCAAAAGCGAGACGCGCACGGUUUUCGCGGUCACGUUGGCAAAUAGAGAAGAUGUCAUAGCCAUAGCAAGAAAUCAAAUAUCUUGGACGUAACCUUUCUUUACCCUCGUUCUCGAAUCCUUUUCUCGUCCUACUCACUCUCUCUUUCUAUUCGUUUCUUGCGUUCUUCGAUCGAGUCCUUCCCUUUGCCUGCCUGUCUACCUGCUUUCUCUCUCUCUCUCUCUCUUUCUGUCUUCAUCUAUCUAUCUAUUCUACCUGCCUACCUACCUACCUACCUACCUACCUACCUACCUACCUACCUACCUACCUACCUACCUACCUACCUAUCUAUCUCGCUCGCUCGUUUGCCUCGACGUUCAACCCCCGAUGGUGAAUCAAUAAUUAAGGUGACAAAGUGCGGUGAUUGCGCGAUCGUGUUGGUCCAAGAUGUCGGUUAAGAUGACGAGGUAUAAACAAGCUGAGUUCGAGGACGAGGAUAGCAGCAGCAUUGGCUCUGUGGCAUUAAAUAGCGAAGGCAUCAGCACUUCAGCCACGCACAUUAGAUACUAUUCGGGUACAACGUUAUGGAGAGCAAGGAAUACCUUAGAGAAAUCUCUUUUUAUAAUAUGUGCUUGUUUGCUAUUGAUGGUAACGGUACUGUCGAUAGUAAUUAGCGAUAAAGGCAGUUGGAACAAAGGAAAAUAUGUACAUGUCGGAGUUCACGAUAAUGGUAGUCAUUGCCUCACGGAACACUGCGUGAAGAUGGCAGCGACGAUUAUAAACGCUAUGGAUCUUUCCGUGAAGCCAUGCGACGAUUUUUACGAGUAUGCCUGUGGAGGUUGGAUAAAAAAAAAUCCUAUGCCAGAUGGGAUGAGCACAUGGGGAAUAUUCGAAAAUAUGGAGCAGCGAAAUCAAGUCGCGAUUAAAAACGCACUCGAGAAGCCUUUUAACGAAAUGAAAUCUAAAGCGGAGAGAAAAGCAAAGAAUUAUUAUAUAUCGUGUAUAGACGCUAAUGAGACCAUCGAGGCGUUGGGAGCUCAGCCUUUGCUCAAUCUUUUGGAUACUAUCGGCGGUUGGAAUAUAUCCGGUAACUUCAGCAUCGAACGUUGGUCUCUACAAAAUAGUAUGCAGAUAUUGCAAAACGUUUAUAACAUGGGCGGAUUGUUCUCUUGGACGGUAAAUGAGGACGAUCGUAAUAGUAGCAGAUACAUAAUUCAGAUUGAUCAAGGCGGACUCACUUUACCAGCGGUAGGUAAUUACCUGAACGUGAGCGAGGAUGAUAAAAUAUUGACGGCUUGCUUGGAAUACAUGACGAAGAUAGGCGUGUUACUCGGAGGAGAGGAGAAUUCGACGAGGCAACAGAUGCGGGACGUGAUAACUUUCGAGGUGAGAUUGGCGAACAUUACGACGCCUCAGGAGGAACGUCGGGAUGAGGAGAAGAUCUAUCACUUAAUGUCUUUGAGCGAAUUACAACGCAAGGCGAACUUUAUAUCAUGGGUGGACUUCUUCCAAAAUGCAACGCGUAUAGUUAACAAGAAGAUAAAUAGCAAGAUGAUGAUCGUUAAUUUUGCCCCUGAUUAUUUCGCUAAGUUGACGAACCUGGUGCAAGAGUAUAAUAAGACGAACGAAAAGAAAAUAAUACUGAAUAACUAUCUGGUUUGGCAGACCGUGAGGUCCGUGACGACGUUUCUUUCGAGGCCUUUUCGCGAUGCUUACAAGAUCUUGAGGAAGGUUCUUGUUGGCACAGAAGGGAGGCAAGAGCAAUGGCGCUAUUGUGUUAGUGAUACAAACAAUCAGAUGGGAUUCGCGAUUGGUGCUAUGUUCGUCAGGGAAGUGUUUCACGGGAAAAGUAAACCCAAGGCGGAACAAAUGAUCAAUGAGGUACGCCGAGCUUUUACGAAGAAUUUGAAGAAUCUUCAAUGGAUGGACGCUGAGACAAGAAAAGCAGCAGAGGAAAAGGCUAACGCGAUCACUGAUAUGGUCGGUUUUCCAGACUAUAUUCUAAAUCCUAGCGAACUCGAUGAGCGAUAUAGAGAUCUUUUGAUUAAGCCAAACGAAUACUUCCAAAAUAAUAUAAGAGUGAACAAAUACUCUUUAAAGAAAACUCUCGAGAAACUCGAUCGACCGGUAAACAAGUCCACUUGGAUCAUGGCACCGUCGAUGGUGAAUGCUUAUUACACGCCAACGAAAAAUCAAAUCGUAUUUCCCGCUGGAAUCCUUCAGAGUCCUUUCUAUGACACGCAAAAUUUCGAUAGUCUUAAUUAUGGUGGCAUUGGUGUCGUUAUGGGUCACGAACUUACCCAUGCUUUCGACAAUCAAGGUAGGGAAUACGAUUUUCAUGGAAAUUUGAAUAGAUGGUGGAACAAUAAUACGAUAGAUAAGUUCAAUAAUAGAACUGAAUGCUUUGUGGAACAGUACAAUACGUACGAGGUACAAGGUCGUCACGUAAACGGACGUCAAACUUUAGGAGAGAAUAUUGCCGAUAAUGGCGGACUCAAGGCAGCGUACCACGCUUAUUUAGCAGCACUUAAAUCCGAGAAGGACCACUUGUCAUUUCCUGGUCUGAAUUUAACGCAUCGUCAAUUGUUUUUCGUUAAUUUUGCCCAGGUAUGGUGUUCUGCUGAAACUAUUGAAUUGACAAAUCUCCAAAUCGAAAAGGAUUCUCACUGUCCAUCGAAAUAUAGAGUAAUAGGACCUCUGACUAAUAUGAUUGAAUUCUCAGCAGAAUUCGACUGUCCAAUAGGCUCGAAGAUGAACCCGGAGGAGAAAUGCGAAGUUUGGUAAUGCUCUGGAAUUAGGAGCGAUUCAAAAAACGAGUCAAUCUCGUUCGAUGGAAUCUUCCUUGCUGUAUGUAACGCCAUGCGAAUAGAUCGUUGAACUUUCUUUUAGAAAAAUAUCUUUAAUGUCAAUCGCGAAAAAUUCGUCUUAACGCGGAUUCGCUGAAUUCGUGUAGCUUCUAUGUAUCACCGUCAGGAUCAUCGAUAAUAAGGUCGAUAGUUCUUUUUUUUGCGAAAUUUUUCAACGAGAAAGUUAUGAGCGGUCUCGUAAGAAAUAUUAAAAAUUACGAAAAAUCUUGUAAUUUUGAAAUAUGUAUAUAUAUAUGCACACACACACAUAUAUAUAUACACAUACACACGUCGGCACAAAUCGAAUGACGAACGCUCUGUUUAUAUGGCUGACGAUAAUAAUCUCUAUCUAAAAAUGGUUACUACUACUUCCAUGCGAAUCAAAUUCGUCCAAUGGUAUUCCGAUCCUUUCGAAUCAUUGAUUGGCUGUGAGCGGAUUGGACGAUCGAAUGCCUAAAAACUCCUUAGUCGAAAAUCGACGAACUAUUAUAAUAACGAUAGCUUCUGUCCGAGAAGUAUCUUGCAAUUCAACGAUUCGAACGUAUCGAGUAGUAUUCACGUAAUGUUGGUUUGCGAGAAUUAGAUUAUGUAUUCGAGAUAAUGGAACGGUUUCGAAAUUAGAGAAUCGAUAUGAAAGUUGGCUUAGGACCACUUUAACAAAUUAUUAGCUCUUCUUAUUCAGAUUAUGUUUGAGAGUUUCCUUGUAAGCUCGAAUAUUUCUUAAACUUUUUACUUUUUAGUGUAUUUUCGUCCACGGUUCAUCGAAAUAAAAUCGAUCCAAGAAAGUUUUUCAAACGACGACAGAUCCUUUUUCACUUUUAUACUCGAAAUGAUUCUCGGUGCAUUAGAACACAUGAAAAAUGAACUUUCUCGAUUCUACUAUUUUACAAGUACAUGACUUUUAACAUUCACAAAAAAUAAAAUAUGUAUAUACUACUAUCACAUAUACCAAUUCUGUGAUCUUCCUUCGUGUUUACAAUUGCCAAUUUUUCGUAUAUUGCGUACGUUUUACUUUUUAUUUUGUCUUUUUUAUGAAGAUUUAUUUGCUAUUAUGAAGAUUGGUCAAUUUUUCUUGAGAUACACUCGCUCUUGAUCGGACCCAGCGAUCGAUAUUGUCGAUGGACCGAGGAAGAGAUAUACAAUUGCGGUGCCAUAAUUUCUGCAGGCAGGAUCUAGUGUUAUAUUUAAAAAAUUUAUUUUAUGUAUAAAGCUAAGAAUACUUAUAUCUAAUAUAAAAUAUAAGCGGGGUUAAGCAAUUUGGCAAUUAGUGAUGUUGGAAAAAUUUGAAAGCUCACGUCGUAAAAGUAUAGGCACGUCAAAAAGAAGAAAAUAUUUGUGUUAUUUGAGUGUUUUCAUUAUAGAGAUAUAUUUCGAUAAUACAUACAUACGGUGUUUGAAUGAAUCAAAUACACGCUUUUUUUAUAUGUAAAAUAUGAACGAUUGCAGAUAAAAUUUGCGAGAUGGUAUGUUUUUCGAUGAUAGCAUAUUUGUUCUUUGCAACAAAAAAUUGAUUCGAUCUCUACAUACAAGAGAAGGUUACUUUAUCAAUAUGAAGUGUCAUGAGAAAAAUUGUCUUAUUGCUAGACGUCAAUUAACAGGUAGGAUAUAUCACAAAGAGAAUAAGUAAUGGAUAUUCGUGCAAUCGAUCAAUUUUUACAUAGAUUUAUUCCAAAUAAGUAGUUCCUUUGCUAUUAUUUUUUCAAAUAAUUUUUUUUACGAUCAGAGGAAAUAAAACUAUAACAUACAGAAGUUGUUCGAGAAAUAAAUUAUUUUAUAUUGUGAGAGGUUAGUAGUAUCGGUAAGUAGAUCGAAAUGCGAGAGAGAAAGAGAGAGAGAGAGAGAGAGAGAAAUUGAGAAGACAGUAUUAAUACAGUACCUAAUGAUAAAUCUAUAGGCGAUAGGUGGUGUUUAUAAUGAAACAGCAAUAAUCGAUUACGUGGAAGCCAAAACGAACAAAUGAACAUUAUAAACAAUAAAAGUCAAACAGCAUGGUGAUAUUUCCCGGCUUGUCCACGAUUAUCGGUUGUUGUAUAUUCGGUACGAUGGUUGAUGCAUUACUGGAUGAAGGAUGAUAGUUACUAAAUAGCGGUAUUAUUCUAUUUGUGCAGCGAUGAUUACUUAUCUGACGUUCAGAGCAGGUUAUAUGUACGGCCAGCAACGUAAUUUACAGAUACGUUAACAGGAUGUUGAGGAUAUUUUUAUGCUUAAUUAAUUAUAUCGUUGAUUCUAGUCGGUAAAAAAGGUCACUAAAAGUUAUAUAUAUAUAUAUAUAUAAUAUAAACAUACACAAAUACACAGAUACACAAUACAUAUACAUAUACAUACUUACUUUCAGCCAUAUUUGUACAUUGCUAUACAAGUUUAAAGAAGAAAUAAAAAUAUUAACUUAAGUGUAAUUUUGUUUGGAGUAUAUACAUAACAAAGAAUUAUCUGAAUCACGCCAUGAUAGGAAAAAACAUAAUGACAUGAUCGGUAAUGUAGAGCAUUUAUUAUCGACAUAACUCUUUACUUAUUAAAGGAAGACUCUUUUAAAAAUAGAUGUAAACUUGAAUUAGUAAAAUAUGUUCCUAAAAUACUAUA